AUUAUCACGCAAAGAAGCAGUCCUAGUGUUGAUUGUAGGUAGGUGUGGAAUAUAGUUUCUUGUACAGGAAGACUUUAUGGUGGUAUGGUCCUCAAGAAGUUCCUGAAAGAAAUACAGUCUAUAUUGCCUGGACUCUCUGCAAAGCUGACUUGGACUUCAGAGGAAGGCAGCUAUUCUCAGGACGUAUCAGGGAUAACAACCUUCCAGAUGAUUUUUGAGGCUGAUGAAAAUUCCAGAACUUUGAUGACAGAUUGUCUGGUUAUAAAGCAUUUUUUACUUAAAAUCAUCAUGGUGCACCCUAAGAUCAGAUUUAAUUUCAAUGUAAAGAUAAAUGGAAUCCUCUCCACAGAGAUCUUUGGGGUGGAGAAUGAACCCAUUUUGAACCUGUCGAAUGGAAUUGCUCUUGUUGUAAACUGUCAGCAUUAUGUGAGUAGACCAAAAUUUGGUAUAACUGAAUCAUGCUGCAACAGAAUUCACCCUGUGCUAGGACAUCCAGUGACACUUUUCAUCCCUGAUGAUGUGGCUGGCAUGGACUUGUUGGGAGAACUGAUACUGACUCCAGCUGCUGCUCUGUGCCCCAGCCCAAAGGCCUUUUCCAACCAGUUGAACAGGAUUUCUUCAGUUUCUAUAUUUCUGUAUGGACCUUUGGGUCUGCCUCUAAUACUGUCAAGUCGGGAGCAACCAAUUACUACUUUCUUCAAAGACACCUCUUAUUUCAUUGACUGGAAAAAAUACCAUUUGUGUAUGGUGCCCAAUUUGGAUCUCAGUUUGGACAGAGAUUUGGUGCUUCCAGAUGUGAGUUAUCAGGUGGAAUCCACUGAGGGGGAUCAGUCUCAGAAUAUGGAUCCUCAGGGACAGACUCUGCUGCUUUUUCUCUUUGUGGAUUUCCACAGUGCAUUUCCAGUCCAGCAAAUGGAAAUCUGGGGAGUACAUACUUUGCUCCCAACUCAACUUAGUGCCAUCCUUGUGCAGAACCACAGGGUAGUGCAAGAUUCCAUACAGUUUGCUGUGGACCAAGUCUUGGAACAGCAUCACCAGGUUUCCAAGGCUCAUCAGAAACUGCAGGCCUCACUCUCAGUGGCUGUGAAUUCCAUCAUGAGUAUCGUGACUGGAAGCACCAGCAGCAGAUUCCGAAAUAUGUGUUUCCAGGCCCUUCAAGCAGCUGACACACAGGAAUUCCGGAGCAAACUGCACAAAGUAUUUCAUGAAAUCACCCAGCACCAAUUUCACCACUGCUCAUGUGAGGUAAAGCAGCUGACCCUGGAGAAAAAGGAUUCAGUCCAGAGCACUGAGGAUGCACAUGAGAACAGCAGCCUGGAGCUCCUGGCAGAGACCCGCGGGCAAGCAGAAGGCAAGAGGCUCGAGAGGGGCGGCCUCCGCGUGCAGGAGAUGCGAGCUCUCCUUUCCACCGGGGCCGCGAGCCCGUCAGGGGCCGCUCCGCGCCGCCCGGAGCCCACUGCGGCCCCCCUCACCCCUAGCGGAGGGGAGUCCGGCGCGGCGCACGGCGGAGCCAGCCCCGGGGGCGGCCUGGAGCGGCGCUUCACCAGCGUCCUGGUGGUGUCCAGUCUCUCGCCCCUCUGCGUGCUGCUCUGGAGGGAACUCACAGGCAUCCAGGUGCGAAGGAGGCGGGGCAGGGGGGGAGAGGGCGCAGGAAUCUUUGGGCGUGGGAGCAAGACUGAUGCCCCCUUCCUGUGGCUCAGCCAGGCACAUCCCUGCUCACCCUGA